GGCCGGCCAUGGGCCGAGCAGGUUCACUAGCGGACAAGAGGAAUGCUUUGAUUAUAAUCUACCUUUGACAAGUUCCCCAAACAUCCUCAUUGCCAGACUAUUAAAGGGUGACACUACAGUAAGGAACCGCAUCAAGGUGCACCCAGUUCUCCAUUAACUCUCUCACAAGAUAAGAGAAGAUGGCCACAGAGCAGAAGUGACCUUUGCCCACCAUUCCCAGCUUAAUAAUUGACAUGUUUCAUCACACGGAUAAAUCCCCAGAGACAGCAUCUAUAUAAAGGACCUGCAGCGCCUUAGCGGAUCCUGUUGUGUGCGAGACCCGCCCCGGCCUCUCCUCAGCCAUGGCCAAAGGAUUCUUCAUCAGCAAGCCCUUGGGGAUCGUGGGCAUCGUCCUGGGCCUGGGGGCCGUGGCCACCAUCAUCGCCCUCUCGGUCGUCUACUCCCAGGAGAAGCAGCGGGCAGACGAAGCGGUCGCCAACCAGGCCCCAAGCAGCACCAUCAAGCCUGGCGGUGGUGCCAUAAGCACCACAGCCGGUGCCACCAGAGCCACCACGGCCGGCGCCACCAGAGCCACCACGGCCGGUGCCACCAGAGCCACCACGGCCGGCGCCACCGGAGCCACCACGGCCAGUGCCAAGAGCACUAUCACAACCAAGCCUUUGGAGCCUUGGGACCACUUCCGAUUGCCCAAAACUUUGAUGCCCACAUUUUACAAUAUCUCUCUGCAGCCAUUUCUGACAGAGAUCACCCCAAACAUUUUCAAAGGCAGAAGCACGGUGGAGUUCCAGUGCAAGGAGCCCACGGACCUCAUACUCAUCCACAGCAAAAAGCUGAAUUACACUCUGCAGGAUACAUUUUUGGCAUCCCUGAAAGGAAUUGAUGCCGUCGCACCUGCCAUCGAAAGGACCUGGCUGGAGGAGAAGACGGAGUACUUGGUGGUGAAACUCCGAGAGAAACUCCAGCAGGACAAGUCCUAUCUUCUGCACACCAUGUUCACUGGGGAGCUGGCAGAUGACCUGGCCGGCUUCUACCGCAGCACCUAUAUAGAAGGAGGGGUGACCAAGCUGGUGGCUACAACCCAGAUGCAGGCUGCUGAUGCCCGCAAAGCUUUUCCUUGCUUUGAUGAGCCAGCCAUGAAGGCCAACUUCUCCAUCACACUGAUUUACUUGCCCCAAUAUAAGGCGCUCUCCAACAUGCCUGCUAAAAAGACGGAGGAAGUGACAAUGGAUGGAUCGACCUGGACGCGGACUGAAUUUGAAACCACCCUCAGGAUGUCUACCUACCUGCUUGCUUUUAUUGUCAGCGAGUUUGAGAAUGUGUCUGCUAUCCAGAAUAACACCCUGAUCCAGAUCUGGGGCCGCCCCACGUCGAUCAGGGAGGGCCAGGGAGACUAUGCACUUAAUGUCUCCUGGCCCAUCCUCAACUUCUUCGAGAGGGAGUACAAUGUGCCUUAUCCUCUGGAGAGAUUAGACCAAGUCGCCCUUCCUGAUUUCAAUGCUGGAGCAAUGGAGAAUUGGGGGCUGAUCACAUACCGUGAGAGUGCGCUACUCUUUGACUCCAAUUUCUCUUCCAUCGGCAACAAGGAACGGAUUGUGACAGUGAUUGCUCAUGAAGUUGCCCACCAGUGGUUUGGAAACCUGGUAACCCUGGAGUGGUGGAAUGACCUGUGGCUAAACGAGGGCUUUGCGUCGUAUGUGGAAUAUCUGGGUGCAAAUGAAGCCGAGUCCACAUGGAAUAUUGAAGACCUGAUUGUACCCAAUGACGUCUACCGUGUGAUGGCCAUUGAUGCCCUGGCUUCCUCACACCCCCUCUCCAGCCCUGCAGAGGAAAUCAACACUCCAGCUCAGAUCAGUGAAGUCUUUGACGCCAUUUCCUACAGUAAGGGGGCGGCUGUGAUCCGAAUGCUCUCCAAGUUCCUCACCCAGCCCGUGUUCAGUGAAGGGCUGCAGUCCUACUUUGAGACCUACCAGUAUAAAAAUACUGUUUGCGAUGACCUCUGGGAACAACUGCAGACGGCAGUGACCAGGAAGAACGUGAGUCUCCCAGACAACGUCAAGACCAUCAUGGACCGCUGGACCCUGCAGAUGGGCUUCCCGGUUCUCACAGUUAAUACCACUUCAGGCAUCAUCACCCAACAACAUUUUCUGCUGGACCCAGAAAGUCCUGUUGAGCGACCCUCACCGUUCAAUUACACCUGGAUUGUUCCAAUCUCCUGGCUGAGCACAGGGAAGGAGGCAGAGGUGUACUGGCUCACGGAAAGUUCAGCUCAAAAUGCCAACUUCUCCAUUUCUGCCGAUCCUGCCCAGUGGCUGCUACUCAACAUUAAUGUCGUGGGCUAUUUCCGGGUAAACUAUGAUUUGGCCAACUGGGAGAAGCUCAUGUCUCAGCUGAAUGCUGACCUUCAGAAGAUCCCCGUUCUCAAUCGAGCUCAGAUCAUCGACGAUGCCUUCAACCUGGCCAGAGCCAAGCACGUGGGCAGCGACCUGGCCCUGAGCACCACCCGCUACCUGAGCCGGGAGAGGGAGUACCUUCCUUGGGACACGGCCCUGGACAACCUGGACUACUUCCGCCUCAUGUUUGACCGCAGCGAAGUCUACGGGCCGAUGCAGAGCUACAUCCGGAAGCAGGUCACUCCCUUGUUCGACCACUUUAGGGACGUCACCCGCAACUGGACCGAAAUCCCAGACGGCUUGAUGAACCAGUAUAACCAGAUCCUGGCCAUCAGCACUGCCUGCUCCAAUGGCGUCUCCGAGUGCAACAAACUGGCCUCCUCCUGGUUUGAGGCCUGGAGAACCGACCCCACCGUCAACAGGAUCCCGCCCAAUCUGCGCUCCGCCAUCUACUGCAGCGCCAUACGAACCGGCGACCAGGAGGCCUGGGACUUCGCCUGGAGCAUGUUUCGCCAGGCCCAGGUGAUCUCCGAGGCUGACCGGCUGCGCUCGGCCCUGACCUGCAGCCAGGUGCCCUGGAUCCUUCAGAGGUACCUUCAGUACACCCUGAACUCCUCCCUGAUCCGCCGCCAGGAUGCCACGUCCACCAUCAACAGCAUUGCCAGCAACGUGGUGGGGCAGACCCUGACCUGGGAUUUUGUGCGCAUGAACUGGAGGACCCUCUUCCAGCAAUUUGGGGGAAGCUCCUUCUCCUUCUCCAGCCUCAUCCAGUCGGUGACCAAGAGGUUUGCGUCUCCAUUUGAACUUAAGCAGCUGGAGCAGUUCAAGGCAGACAACGCGGAUGUGGGCUUCGGCUCUGCCACCCGGGCGCUUGAGCAGGCCCUGGAGAGGACGAAGGCCAACAUCAAGUGGGUGGACGAGAACAAGCCGCUCGUCCUUCGGUGGUUCCAGGACAACUCGUAGGGGGAACCAGCCGGUGCUGCUGCUGUGGGUCGGGGGUUCCGGCCAGAGGACCAACAGCGCCUGGGAUGUGGCACCUCAGGGACUCCCGAGGGCCGAGGAGCAGGAGGGCUGGGACUCUCUGAGGCCGCGGCAAGGCCCCUCUGUAACUCUGUGACCCCAACAGUGUAAAUUAAAGAGUCUCUUGAAUGGAG